AUGCAGAGUAUAAAUACUUGGCCCCACGCUCGCGGCCCGGACGGAUGCUCCCAUCAGCCCACCGGUCCUGCGAGCAUGGGAAGCCCCAGCGGCAACGGCUUGGUCAAUGGCAACGGCACCACCAACGGUCAUGCUCCUCGUGGCCCUUCUUCGUCUUCGCACGCCCGUCCUUUUGUCUCACCCGGAGGACCCCCAUCGGCUUCAGCCUCGGUGCACCACGCCGCUGGCCUCGUCUUCAGCGGUCCGCUUCCCAAACAUUGUCAGCAACAGCAGCACCCAUCCUCCCUAGCAUCCUCCACGUUCGGGCCGAAACGUGCCGGGUCUGCUUCGUCUUAUCCGUUCUCACUAUUCUUCGGGGCUGCAGCGACGAGAUCAUCGUCCACCUUGAAAGCAGAGGUCAAGCCCACGCCGCUCGACGGCGGCACCGCCGCGCUCAGGGAACUCAACACCAGCUACCCCUCUAACGUCUACCGGCACCGGCUCACAAAGUCUACCGGCGCCCAGAGCACCACAUACUCGCAGCCUGUCAUUGUUCGCACUUAUAGUGGCCCUAUUCAGAGGGAUUACUACCGCGGGUCGAGGAGUGGGAGUCGACCAUACACGACCCGCACGCCACUACCGCCGCCGCCGCCAACCCAGGCCAACGGAUCUGCUGUCCACACAAGUGUCAACGGUAACGGCCACAGUGACAAUACUGGGAACCGGAAUGGCGUAGUGGACGGCCUCUGGACUGCCAAACCACAUAACAUGCCGCGCCACCCACCACCACCACCACCUCCUCCUCCCAGUAAGCGCCGCUUCCCUCUUGCCUUACCAUGGCAGUGGGGCGGCAGCAAAGAUGAGCAGGGUACGGCAUCUCAGGCAGGCGGGAGCAACAGCGAGCCACCCAGAUACCCCCCGCCUGAAGCCUUCACCAUGAAAGGAAUUAUACAGUCUCAACGCGCACAGCGACAUAACGAGUUGGACAAGUCGCUAGAUCAGAUUGCAGAGCUAUACGCCCGCAGCAGAUAUAGCUUGGCUAAUCAGUACGAGGUUCAUGUGACGCCACACGGUUCCGGUACCGACUUUGUUAACGGGGCCAGUGCUCCAGGUAGGAGGGGAACAGGUGGCCCGUCUUCCAGUCGUGGCGGCGGCGGCAUCAGACGCCCGCACCAGCUCGUCGGACCGACGCUUCAGGCCAACUGGUCUGGUGAUGAAGGGGAUGAGUCAUCUGCAUUUGGGGGUGGCGCAGCAUCGUCCUCUUCAUCAGCAGCUAUCCCGCCGAGGUCACAUAGGAAAAGAAGAGGCGGGGUUGCCGCAGGCAAGAGGAAGAGCGCCGCGUACGGUACGCUGGAGACGAUUAUGUCUAGCAGCCGUUCGAACUCGUCCGAAGAAAAGGAGAAGCAGAAGAAGAAAUCCGCUAACGAGCUGACUGAGGCUGUGCGAGGCAGGGCAGAACGGUCUGUUGGUCAUAGACAUACGAAAUCGGAACCUAUGAAGGUCAGGGGCAGGGAUGGCACUGGACCUACGGGAGCAGAACAUACACGCUACACGGCCAAGGGCGGGAAAGGGGGCGAACAAGAUACUGGAGCUUCACAGCGCAAAAGAGCAUCGGCAUCUUUUGUACACGCCAUUAUCACGGCUGACUCACCACGCAACUCUGCGUCGGCACUUGUCAGUGAGCCGGCUCUGCCGCAGACUACCACAUAUGCGGUCUCGGAUGCCAUUGCCGCGCGUGAUGGUGCAGUCAUUACUGGCGAGAACCAAGUGGAGGACUAUUCGGCAACUGGCGGUUCGGUGGGAACGCAUGGUUGGCUGCCAUGGCGUGGACCAACCACUUCGGAAUCACAAGCUAGUCGUGCCAGAGAUGGCUUGCGGGACUUACUGAAAGGUGCAGAUAUUAUGAGCAGCCGGGCCAUCAAGGCCAAGGGGCCCGGCCGAGACGGCUGA